AUGAAGCUAGCCAGCCGAGACGCAGCAGCCAAAGGAGUCCACCCAAUUCAAAAGCUUCGCUUCCGAUGCUUAGCUGACGAUGCGACAACGCGAAGCCGCAGUCGUAACAUCCUUCGACAGCAUCGGUCGUCGGCUCCACGGCUAAGGCUUACCAGAAAGCAGUGCAACCGACGAGCGUGCAGGCGUUCUCGACAUCGGAUAGUUCGUGUUGUGUCGGAAUCUGUGGCAUGGGAAGUACACCAGCAUUGA